AUGUUUGCUUCGAGGAGGGCACGCAGUCCGCUCGGUCUUUGCGUGAAACUUAAAUGCAAGGACACUGGAAAGUCUGCUCAUACCGUGUGGUAUGGCGAGGUGGAACAAACAGCUCUUAAUGCUGUGGUUGAGGCCAAAUCCCCAGGUGCGUCUUCCUAUGAGAAGACCCAAGUGUCUGGAGUGGACUGGCAAGACAGCAAGGGGGGAGACAAUGCCGCCCAAGAAUUAUGA